AAGAACUCCAAGAGUUUGCGAAUUUUCAAGUCAAAUGAUGUCUUCAUGAAAUUUCGUUAAUAUGUAAUGACGAAUAGACCUUCCCUAGUAAAGCUCAAGCUCAAUUUAGCAGUCCACAGAUCUACAAUCUAAUAGGAAGGAGAUUAUAAAGAAAGCAAUGCCGUACAAUUAAAAGAAUGUAUGAAUUACUUGACGCAAGAGUAAUGUCACCAAUAGUGCCAAAGUUUGUAUUCAAACACGGCAUAUGAUAGACUUAGAUCAUGCUGAAGUCAAGCCCUCCUUUUCUUAAAUAUCCCUUGGCAUCCAAUCUUAAGAGUUCAAAUGUGGAAAACACGCCAUAUUUCAAUAUUAUUAAUUCAGAGAGGAUUUUCAAGCAUUAAUUUAAGAAAAAAUUGGCUAAAGCGGGAUGGUGACGGUCAGCAACAGACAAGUCACACAGGACACCCUAGGAAGAAAGUUGGGGAUGAAAUUGAAGAAAAUUUGUACCACAGAGAUAGACAUUGAAACUAUGAUGGGGAAUAUAUGAACACAUAAGAGGAAAUCCAAAACAUAAUGAAUGAACGAACCAGUGACAUUGCUAAUUGCCCAAAGAUACCAAGCAUUUGUCAAUUGUUGGCCCUUGUUGGUCAAUGACUGAGAAGGAACAACACCAUGGACCUGCAUCAGGUAAAACAUUGAUGGCUAGAGAAAUAAAUGCCAGUCUAACACAACCACCCUUUAAUAUUUAAAUUACUUUUACCAAAGAAUAGUAUGUAACUGAAAUCAAAGCUAGGAUAGACCAUAAAUACAGACUGAUUAAAUUUUCAAGCUUCAACACUGCCAAAACUUAUUAUUAGAUUUUUUAUUUUUAUUUUAAACAGGACAUAAUAUAUGGUUGGUAGAGCCACCCAUUAUAAUUUUAUAAUUUCAGUGACUUCUAUUUUCUUAUUCUAUUUUGGUUUGACCUUUCUCCCAAUCAUAAUGCCAGAUUUCAAAAAUUUCUUGCUAAAGCAAGUAAUUGACUCUUAAAACAUUAACACAUUGCUUCAGACUUUAAUGAAACUAUUUUAGUUUU